AUGCCACACCUCCACCCCACUCCCAGUCCCAGUCCCAGUCCCAAACCCCUGCCUAUGCCCAUGACUCCUCCUCCUGUGGGACACUUUGUAUAUGGAGUGUCGGGCACUGAGUCCAUUGGCUCUAUGGAAGUACAGUAUUCAGAGGAGUUUCAGAACUCAAGCUGGGACCUUAUCAGCGUAUGCGCUAUUCGGUGGUUGUCCGAAAAGGUUGCCACUAUCCACUAUCCCCCAACCCUCAACCCCGAAAACCCCAAACCAAUAGAAAGCUUAUGGAGCAAACGUUUUUGGUAUUUUAUAUUUUUUUUUUUUUCCGACUGCAUCCUUUGGCCAAGACACGGACACUCCAACUCCGACUCCAACCCUCUAAGCCCCCUCAAACACUCACAAUGGAAAAUACAAUUUUCGCAAUCUUUGCUUAUCUUUUCAUCUCUCUGUGGCUGCUUCUGCUGCUGCCUCGUUGCUUGUUGCAUGAUUCGCUGUUGCUGCUGCUGUUGUUGUUGGCCAACCAGAAAAUCGGUAAAAAGCUAA